AUGCCUUCGCACGGACCUGGCAGUAUCAAGUCGCCUUCCGACUCCAAGCCGAAUCGAGCCCUGGUCAUCGAGAUCGACCAGGAUGGAGCUGGGGAGCUUGCCAUAAAGGCGGAUACUCCCAGAAGCUCUCGUAGUUCACAUGAGCAGGCCCGUCAGCUCGAAAGCAACAGCACAACCAAGAUCAGCACCAUCGAAAGCAACCAUACUAUCGAAACCAACAUUACCAUCAGAAACAGCGACACUGCCAAAAGCAACGGCACAAUCAAUGCCGUACACACUGCCAAAAUCAACACCACAGUCGAGGACAACCGUCCUCCCGAACACAGCCAUACUCCCGAACACAGCCAUACUCCCGAACACAGCCAUACUCCCGAACACAGCCCAUACGAGCCGAGAUACGACCAUAUCGCCGUCGCCCUCAAGACUGGCCGCGAUGUCGCCGUCAAGCGCACGGCAAUCCAGGUCCUCACGUUUCUGCUGAAUGUCCGCAACUUUGUCAUCAUCGGCGAGUCGUCUGGCGUGCGAGUCGGCAGGCACGUCAUGAUCGAUGUGUACUCGGGGCUCUAUCCCGCCACCCCGUCGGCCUCACCACACCCUUCGCCCUCAGCAUCCACACUACCUUCACGCAUUCCCCCACCUCCCUCGGCUGCUGCAUCAGUUUCCAACAAUUCCACAGUCUCCAUUUCAUCCACUGCUACUGCAUCUGCCUCUACUUCAUCGACCUCCACACUGCCGGUGCCCGCUGCAAAUGCAUCGUCUCCAGCACCACCUGACUCUGAGCAUGCGAUCUCACCGCACCCACCAGCCAUCGACGACCAUGGUGCCGCUCCUGUCGCCAAUGCGCCAAACGACGGUUUGCCCAGCUCUCCAUUCGGGGCCAGCGAAGGCGAUGGGGAGGUUGCACUCCGUCGACGCCGCCUCCACAAGCGUGGCGACUCGGCCCAGAAGAACUCACAGAAGAGCGUGGCCGACGAAGGUAGUCAGGGAUGGAAACUCGACGCUCACAAGAACCUGCCCGGGUUCAGGCAUAUGUGGGAGACCUUCUCGGCCAAGGGCGUCGAGUGGUUUCUCAUGAUCGACGACGACACUUUUGUGCUGAUGGACAACCUCGUCGAGAACCUCAAGCGCUACAACUCAAGCGAGCACCACUAUUUUGGAUUCCAUUCGCUCUUCACCGGUGGCAUUGUGCUCUCGCGCGGAGCCCUUGCGACCAUGAUGACCGGCAUCGACAGGUGCAUCGCUCGAUACAAGCCCUGUUGGGCCGGCGACGUGAGAACGGCCCUCUGUCUGCGCGACCACAACAUCACCCUCACUCCUCUCAGUCACUUUCACCGUGACCCACCCAACGACGAGUUCUCCUGGCAUUCGGAUCCGUGUGCGCUGCCUUCGACCUUCCAUCAUCUGCUGCCCGAUCAAAUCCAGGAGCUGUUCAGCAUCGAGAUGGAUGUCAAGCAGAGCAAGGCCAACCAAACGGGUCAUGACCAUGCUUCGGCAGGUCGCAACUUGAACGGCCAUGGCGCAAGCGCUCUCACGCUCAACUACGGCGAACUGUAUCAGCGGAUCUAUGACAAGCCCCAGGUGCUCGAGGGAGUCGAUCUGCCCGGAAACGAUAUCCAGAAGGUCAAGGUCCCGAGCUGGGAGGACUGCCAGCAGGCGUGCGAAAGCCUGAAAAUCUGCGUGAGCUGGACCUACGAUGAGUCUUCAUACUGCUGGCUGAAGGACUCGCCGAGAGGACGAACGUCGCGGGCAAACUUUGUCUCUGGACUCAUUCCCACGCGGUACAACUGCAAUGCUCUAUCAAAGAAGGCGCCGAGGAAUGUGAAAUAG